AUGGAAGCCCCUCUCGUGUGUUUGGAUGAGGAGUUUGAGGAUCUCCGGCCCUGUCGAAUGGAUGAGCUGGACCAUCAAGCCCUGGAUCACUCCUCUUACUCCACCGCCCCCGUCAGCACCACCUCCACCAUUCCACUGGCCUCCAUCACCCGGGAGGACUUCUCUGAGCUGGAGAACUUCUCUGAGAUGAUGAGCUUCAAGUCGAUGGAGGACCUGGUCAACGAGUUUGACGAGAAGCUCAACGUCUGCUUCCACAAUUACAACACCAAGACGGAGGGCCUCGCACCCAUACGCAACCAGUCACACAACAAGGAGGAUGAGGAGCAGCUGCAGGAUGAAGAUGUGUGGGAUGCUCUAACUGACAACUACAUCUCCACCUGGGACGGCCCUGACUCAGAGGGACUCAACGGCAAUCUUUCUGACCAGGAGAUCCAUGAGAAAGAGGAGGAAGAGAUGAACGAGAAGAAUGACAACACCAAAUGCCUGAAUGAAGAGCCUCUCAUCACAGCUGAUCAGGUCAUUGAGGAGAUAGUUGAGAUGAUGGAGAACUCUCCGGAUCCUGGUGAAACUGAGGAGGAAGAUGAGGAGGAGAGCAGCCACUGCUCCUCCCGAACCAGCCCCUCCCUGUUGGAGGAGAUCAGGCAGCUGUCACAGGCCUCCAACAACAACUGCUCCUAUGAAGGCCUGAGCCUGAUGCCCAGCUCAGCACUAGUUGAACUGCUGCACCGGGUGGAGGCCGCCAUCCGCGAGUAUUCGGAGGAGCUAGUCAGCCAGCUGGCUCGGCGCGAUGAGCUGGAGUUCGAGAAAGAGGUGAAGAACACGUUCAUCACAGCCCUGAUGGAGGUGCAGAACAGGCAGAAGGAGCAGCGAGACUGCAGCAAACGCAGACGCCGGGACAAGGCCCUGAGCCUGCAGGGGGGAGGGACGCAAUCUGUGAGCGGAGGGAAUACAGGCUCAACGGGACGCACAGAGAAGACAGGGAGCAUGCCUGUCAAGCGUUUCAGCAUGGAGGGACUGUCCAGCAUCCUGCAGACAGGCAUCAGACAAACGUUUGGAAGCACAGGGAAUGAGAAACAGUAUCUAAACACAGUUAUUCCGUAUGAGAAGAAAGGCACCCCUCCUUCUGUUGAGGACCUGCAGAUGCUCACAAAAAUUCUUUAUGCCAUGAAGGAGGACAGUGAGAAGGUGCCAACACUGCUAACUGACUACAUAUUGAAAGUUUUGUGUCCUACCUAAAGCACUGGCA